AUGACGGAGGAACAAGAGCAAAGCGUAGGCCUUUUAGACGAGCUUGACGAAUGCAAACAUCUUAGUCUUGAUCAUGAGCCUAUACACAAGAAGCCGAAAAACGGUUACAGGAGAAGCUCUUCCAUCAGGCGAAGCCUAUCAGCUUGUGUAUUCCUCGCCGUUAUCUUUCCUCUGGCACUCUGGGGCAUGUUCGAUGCAUCCUCCCGGCUGUUCCAUCUGAUCCAGACAUAUUCCAAACCGUCAAUCUGUUGGUGCGGCACCUCAGAUGCAGAGGCCAUCGCGAUGGGCUGCAUUUACGAUCACCUUGCCGUUGACUGGCUACCAAGAAGCUGUAUCGACGACGAAAUCGUUUCCGAAUUCGAAAGCUCGGGAUCAGAACCGGAUGGGACGUGGCCAUAUUUCCGACGAGUGGAUGAUCCUACACAACAUCCCAGCCACUCGUACAUCCGUAUCAACACGACAGAGAUUGAUACGUAUGCAAAAAUAGGUAAAGACUAUUAUUCGACAUUGGAAUGGCAUGUCGCCCACUGCAUGUUCACAUGGCGAAAGCAGUUUCGAACUGGGUUCACGGGGAAACGUCUCGAAAGUUGGAGCGACAAGGAGAGUCAUAUCAUGCACUGCAGCGACUUCAUUAUACACAAUCAGUUUGAACCAUUCCUACUCCAGCCCUCGUAUACUCCCCGUAUCCCCUCUUAUUUCGCAUUAUUGGCACAACAACCAUCAAAACACAAUGGCCUUUGUGACCUCUCUCUCCGCAUUUGA